UCGUGCCCACGACUUCGUUACCUCCUCCGCGGGCUAACCGCCGUCGUAGUCGUCGUCGUCGACGACGACGCCGCCGCCGCGGCGAUCCACGCGCGACGACGCCGUCGUCACACUUCUCGAUCGUAACCGAGCACGCGCGUCAGAUCGAAACUUCCUCCGCUCCGCGACGAGAUAUCUUUUGGAUCAACGAGCCUUUCGCGACCGGAAAUAUAUCAUCGAUGUAUAGAUAUAUUUAAGUAUAUACGCGAGGAGCAUUUCCAUGAAUGAUUGUGCGUAUGGAUAUUUUUUUAUUUAUUUAUUUAUGCGUCUGAUUCGGUGCAUCGAUCGAUAAUCGCGCUUUUCAUUAUUAUUAUUAUUUUUUAUUGUUAUCACUCGGAACUGCGCGCCCCCUUUCGGGCGAUACAUUCCCAAUACUCUUUCUCGCGUAAUGAGAUUUGUCUCCCGAGAUACAUGCGAAACUCUUCAUUUUCAUCGGGAGUGCCGACGGAAGUGAAUUUGGAUUUUUUUAUGUGCCAGCUCGAAUCUCACAUCGGCAGAAUCGAGGAAUUUAUCUGGAGGAAUCUUCUGUCAAAUCCUUACAAUGGGAGAUACGAGAAAAGGACGAUAGCACGGAGGUGCGAAGCAAAGGACUGAAAUGGAGCGCUGAGAUCGGAGGAACAUACGCGAGAUAUUGUUGGUCGUUAUAAGUCGUCGUCAAUGAUGCGGUGGUCGGUGGUGUUACGAGUUCUCAUAUUCCUCGUUCUCCACUGUUCGGGCAUCGAGACUCGUGUUCGACAGCCCUUCGUCAGAGGAAUCUACAGCAACAACGAAAACCACGAGAGAUUCCAUAACGAAAUAGUGAUACCUCGAAGAGUGAGAGACAACGGCGACCUAAUUAGUCACGACGUGACCUAUCAUCAUUCCGAAAAUGACGAGGAGUUGCACUAUAGAAUCGAGCUCAAUGGAACGGAGUAUCACCUACAACUGACUGGAUCGAGCGACUUCAUAGCGCCAGGAAUGAUCGUCGAGAGACGGAAACGCGCUAUUCACGUUCGUUCAUCACCCAGGGACAUCUCAACUAAAUGCCAUUAUCGUGGAUUCAUUCGAGGACACACAAAUUCCCUCGUCGCCCUGUCAGCUUGCAAUGGUCUGUCGGGUGUACUCCGAGGUGAUCACGGAGAGUUCUGGCUGGAGCCAGUCGCCAGUGAGCCAUCGACAAAGGAAGUAAAAGAAGACGAGAAGAUAACGUCGUCGAGGUUCCAAGAGAGAAUAAGAAGAAGGAAGGAGAGGUGCGUUGAUCGUGUUGAUCAAUGUGAAAACACAACGAAAAAUGAUCCUGGCGCCGAGACGCGUUACGCUUACGCGGGAAAUCCAACAAGCUUGACAUCGGCCGGCAGACCUCAUCUCGUUUUUCGGCGCUCCGCUACCUCUGCCGCUGUAGAAAUUGGCGCCGCUCGUAAAAAAAGACGUAAAAAGAAGAGGAAACAUGAAAGAAACUGUGGCACACGUGAACCACGACGUCUCACGGAGACGCGUCUCGAAUGGCAGACGCAGCCCGGUCUCGUGCAAGUUCAAGGUCGCGGUCGUCGAAAACACCAGACAAGACAGCAGAGAUCUUGGCAACGCUCCAAACGCUCGAUAAGUCGUGCCCGACACGUUGAAGCACUCGUUGUUGCUGACACGAGUAUGAUGGCUUUUCAUCAGGAUGGCGACGUCGAGACUUACCUCUUGACCAUUAUGAACAUGGUGUCGUCCCUCUACCACGAUCCGACGAUCGGUAAUUUCAUCAACGUCGUCGUUGUGAGAAUUAUUCUAAUGGAGGAGGACGAGGCUGAGCAAGGACUGAAUAUCACUAUUAACGCUGACAAGACUCUCUACAAUUUCUGCAAAUGGCAACAAAAAAUGAAUCCUGGCGACGAUUCUCAUCCCAACCAUCACGAUGUUGCGAUACUCGUCACCAGGGAAGAUAUUUGCUCCAGAGCCAAUACCCCGUGUAGCACCUUAGGUGUCGCUCAUGUUGCUGGUAUGUGUCAACCCGAUCGCAGCUGCAGCGUCAAUGAGGACAAUGGCAUCACUUUGGCUCACACUAUCACUCACGAAUUGGGGCACAACUUCGGCAUGUAUCACGACACCGAUAAAAUUGGAUGCAGCAAACGCGAUGGUGACACUCUCCACGUGAUGACCCCAACCUUCGAGGUCGAUACUGUCGGAGUUGCAUGGUCGAGGUGCUCGAGACGAGACAUCACCAAUUUUCUUGAUCAAGGUAAAGGCGAGUGUCUCGAAGACGAACCAGCUGACAACGACUACGCAUAUCCCGAUCUACCCCCCGGUGCUAUGUACAACGCUGAACAUCAGUGUAGACUCCAAUUUGGCGUUCGCGAAGCAUCAGUUUGUUCGCCACUUCACGAGAUAUGUUCGAAACUCUGGUGCAUCGUUGAUGGUUCUUGUACUACGAUGCUGCACCCCGCUGCUCCUGGAACCCAUUGUGGCAAACACAUGUGGUGUCAGAAUCAAGAGUGCGUGCCCAUAGUCGACCAUCCCUUAGAAAUCGACGGUGGUUGGGGUGAAUGGGGUAGUUGGAGCGAGUGUUCACGAAGUUGUGGGGCAGGUGUCUCGAUCGUUGAAAGAAAAUGCGAUCAUCCCGAGCCAGCACACGGCGGUAAAUUUUGUAUCGGUGAACGACGACGAUACAAGAUUUGCAACACUCAAUCCUGUCCCGAAGGAAUGCCCAGUUUCAGAAGCGUCCAGUGCAGCGAAUACGAUGGCAAGGAAUACAAAGGCAAAAAUUACACGUGGUUGCCCUACUUCGAUCAGACUGAACCUUGCGAGCUUUACUGUACCGAUACUGACGAGAGUGUCAUAGUUCCAUGGGGCGAGGCUGCGCUCGAUGGCACUCCCUGCAAUGUUGGUACGCGCGAUAUGUGCAUCGCUGGAAUUUGCCGAAAAGUAGGUUGUGACUGGACCGUGGAUUCCGAUGCGACCGAGGAUCGUUGUGGAAUUUGUCACGGUGACGGUACACAAUGUGAAACUACGAGUGGAGUUUACGACAAGAACGAGGGCCCGGGUUAUCGCGAAGUGAUCGUAAUACCAACGGGAUCGCGAAACAUUAAAAUCGAAGAAGUCGGCAAUAGCAAAAACUACAUCGGAAUUGGAGUCCCGAAUUCCAACAAGUAUUUCCUCAAUGGAAAACGGCAGAUCACCUUGGCAGGCGAGUACGAGGUCGCUGGUACACCAGCUCUUUACGAACGAGAUCACGACAAAGAAAAGAUUAGGAUUCCUGGUCCAAUCAGGGAAGAUGUUGUCGUUUAUCUGAUAUACCGAGGUCAUUAUCGCAACUUUGGUCUUCGUUACGAGUACACCGUACCUAAAGAGGAACCGGAUCGUGCUCCAGAAUACUCCUGGGUUCUAUCCGACUGGUCGCUGUGCACAGUCACUUGCGGGGGUGGGACUCAAACUUCCCAUGCACUCUGCCACGAACGGAAGAGCGGCGUCGUCGAAGAUUCAUUCUGUGACAGAAAAGACAAACCGGAAUUUCGUCUACGAGAAUGCAACAAAAACCCAUGUCCGGCAAGAUGGUGGGUAGGACCUUGGCAAAUGUGUCCUGUAACCUGCGGUGAAAACGCGCUCCGCAAAAGAUCGGUGAUGUGCGUAUCUUCGGGCAAGGAUUCGGACGGUUCGGAUCUAGCCCUGCCGGAUCGGGACUGCGACAAAGCUUCGAAACCGGAAGAAGCUGGUCCCUGUCCGAACCUGCCAGCUUGCGGUCCAUCGACGGAAGUGCCAAUGAUCGUUUACGCCGACAACAAAGACGCCUCGUUCUACAACAUAAGCUCGAACGACGGCGUGACGAUCGUCGACGUAAACGCGACCGAAGAACCGGAAAUUCUCGAAUUCGAUAACGUCGUCGACGAGAAUCCUGACAACUCGAUGUACAACACGAAAUCGAAGUGGAUCGUCUCCAAAUGGAGUCACUGUAUUUACGGAAAAAGAAGCCGAAAAGUUUCGUGCUCCAUUCCCAGCGAUUGUAAUCUCGAUGAUCGACCUCCAGCGAUCGAAGAUUGCCGGGGAGAAAAAUGGGUCACAGGAAAAUGGGGACCUUGCAACGCGACAUGCGCGACAAAAAUUGGUGUUAAAGCGCGCGAAGUAACUUGUCGCGAUAGAACGACGUUAUUACCCUCGGAAGAUUGUUUAUCGGACAGAAAACCUCUCGAGGCGAGACGAUGUCACUACAGACGGCCCUGUGGUGACGAGAAACCCGGUUGCAAGGACAGUAUCGUGCCAGCGAACAUGUGUGCGGCUCAUAGACGAAUGUGCGACGUUUCAUCGAUCGUGAGAGAAAAAUGUUGCGCCACGUGUUUCAAGAGACGACGUCAUGUGCGUCGCAAUCGGCGCCACAACUUUGGCGACUAAAUUGACCAUUUUUUAUUCACUGAACAAACUCUUCGAGACUUUGAUUAACAAAAACGUUGGCGCGAGAUCGCUCAUCAGUAUUUUUUCUUCCUUUUCCCAUAAAACGCGAACGUGCGAAUCGAGCGAAGAGCGAAGGUAAUCGCGAGAUUGUUGCGAAAUAUGCGAGAAAAAAAGUACUGUAAGCGUUGCGACCAGCGAAUCGAAUGCCCAAUCGACACGCGGAGCACAACGAAAAACAAAUCCGUCUUUAAAGUCCAUUUUCUUUAGUCACCUAAUGAAAAAAGAAUCAAACGUUCUGUGGAAUAUGUGACAAAAGACACAAUUGUAACGAGAAAUAUUUUCAUUUCAUUUUUAUCUCGUUUUCCGUCCUUAUUAAUAAGCCGAGUACACGAAAUUUGGCAUUUACCUCGAUGCGUAUUUAUCUUCCAGUUCUGUAACAUGCUCUUGAACAGACGCAGUGGUUUCUCGUUGCCAAGAAGUUUAAGAAAUUUAUCAUUAAAUGUAGAAACCACUUCGGCCAAUUUAUACUUGCAUUUUACAUUCAAAAGUGGCGCCCAACGCUCGUUUUUUAUUAGCACGCGUUGUGCAGUCGGAGCAAAAGAUUAUUUUAACACUUCAAAACGAUCGUUUGAUAACUUAAUUUUCAUUACUUUGAACGUUUCCGAGUCUGCUAUUGUGGUUCUCUCGAGAUAUUGACGUUUUAUUUUUAUCCAAGCUUUGCUUUUACUGCCUGUGAAAAAGCGAUAAAUAACUGCAGGCCACCGCGAAUGAGGCAACGACCAAGUGCACGAGAAACAAAAUGCUGAAGAAUUCUGUACAAAAUUUGGCAUUGUACUCAAAAAAAUAGAAACGCUGACAGCCCACUGGCCGAAUCGUGUUAUCUUUGAAAUAUAUUUCCUCCUAAAGGCUCGUCGCCUGUCGAAUAUGAAUUGAAAACCGAUUUAAAAAUGCAUUCGUUUGAAUUACAAUCUUUAAGUGCAAUUAAUUUCUCGUCGAGCAUUUGAUUUAUUGUUUUUUUGUUGCUUUCUGAUUAUCGCAGAUGAGAAACGUGAUUGAUAUAUAAAUCCGAGUAAAAUGAUUUUAUGUGCCUCGUCAAUUGCGACAUGUUUACAUCGAGAAAUACAGGAAAUGAGCAUUUUAUCGAA